ACAGCAGCUUGACGGCUAACAGUUAGCCAAUUAGCCGCUAAGGACCUCCCUUCCAAAUGAAACUUAAAGUCAAGGAUAAGAGAACAAUAUCACUCUGAUCUGUUUAAGGAUUUGAUAUCCAGUCAUCAAAUUAGCUCAAACUGACCGCUUCCAGAUUUGUUUUGCCUUGAGAGGCCACAAAGCUGACAGCGAUGCUACGAGGCUAACUCCUAGCAACACACACAGACCAGCCGUUCACAUAAACAGACUCACAAGGGAGCUAAUUAGCGGCUAACCCAUCAGUCAUAACAACAGCUACCUCUACACAGUAUGAGCAAUACACCAGUUCAGGAGCCCCCUACCCAGGGUCUGUCCUCUGGCAGUGGGCAGACGUUACCCUCCCGACCCCUGCAACCCUCUUCUGAUCCCUCAGCUUCUAAAAGAGUAUGCUUCUACAAAAGUGGUGACUAUCAGUUCGGUGGGCAUCGCAUGGUCAUCAAUGCCCGCACCUUUAAGACCUUUGAUGCUCUACUGGAUGCUCUUUCAAAGAAAGUGCCUUUGCCAUUUGGAGUGAGGACCAUCACAACACCUCGGGGGACUCACCUUGUUAGGGCAUUAGAUGACUUACUUGAUGGGGGUGCUUAUGUGUGCUCUGAUCAGAAACGGGUGAAGCCACUAAACCUGGAUGAAGUGAACCGGCGGCAGGUACCUUGGAAUACUACCAGACCACUCAGUGUGGGGCGACGGAGGCGUCAAGGACUCAGAUUUGGUCAGUCUGGCAGCAGGAAUGAAGCCACCAAUAGGCCAGCAAAGGUCACUGAGAGGGUGGCAGUACGGACACCAAAGAAGCUUAUGGUCAUCAAGAACAGGGAUCCAGCUGUCAAACGCACAAUUGUGUUGCAGAGAAGAACAGCUCCAACAUUUGACGCAUUGCUGGAUUACCUGUCCCAGAUACUGCAGUUCCCAGUGCUGAAACUCUACUCUACAGAUGGCAGAAGAGUUGACGGUCUUGCUGCGCUUAUCUUGUGCUCUGGAGUUGUUGUGGCAGCGGGCAAUGAGCCAUUCAGAUUAGCAAACUAUAGUUUUCACAGAACGGGACAGAUGGCACAGGCCAUGUAUGUGGAAACUGUUGAACCAUCGAUGCUGCAACCUAGAACACAGAAGAAAAAGUCUUUAUCGAGUGGACGAGGAUCCAGGAACUUCUCCGUGUCAUCGGAGCAGCAUAUUGUCAAUCAGAUAAACAAGUCUCAAAACGGCCACCUGCAUCCCCACAAUGGAUCAUUUGAAACAGAAGCCAAUCAGCAUCACACAUCCAUGGAGACAUCUGGAACUGGGAGGGCAGAUAACGUGCAUCAAACUUGCAUCGUACCUCACGAUGACGACAUUGAGAAGUCUUUCCGUGUGAAUCAAGAUGGCAGCAUGACGGUGGAGAUGAAAGUUCGUCUGACCAUCAAGGAGGAGGAGAUGCUCCACUGGACUACCACACUCAGCCGCAGCAGCCUUAGCAAGAGGACAGCUUGUGCCUCAAUUUCUGAGUCAGGCAACCGCUCGCCUGACUCGAACAAUGCCAUUGCCAAAGACUCCUCGAGUAUCAGCGAGGAAGAAAUGAAAGAGGAGAACUAUCCCCCUGGAGCUGGAAAGGGCUUUAACGAUGAGCGAACAUGUGAAGGCUACACUUCUACAGCUACGGGAAAAGCAAAAAAAAGUGUCAAACGCACUCCCACACCAGGUCCUCGACAUGUUAAGAAGGCGUCAAUUGAGAGUGUGAAGAGGGUAACAGAGUCAGGGGUUCAAGAGAGCACGCUGGGACAUUAUUCCUACAUGGAGAGGACAGCUGACGGUGAAACAACUGAAGGAUACUGCGUCGUCAGACACAGCAGCAGCAGCAAUAGACCGAUUCCAAAACCUCGGAAAACAGCGUCCGCAGGCGCAAGCAAAAAAUGUUCCACCUCCUCCAUCAGGUCAUCAGGAGUCGCUGAGGUCCUUCAGAUACAGAAUAAUGGGAUGGAAUUUACAGAGACUGUGAUGCAUAUUUAUGAGACCCAAGGCAGCUACGAUAACUAUUUCGCGAAUCAGGAAUAUAGUGUAGAUGGCAUUCCUCUACAUGGCUCGCCUUCAGCACCAGAAAGCAAACAGUCGACUGACUCAGGGCCUCAUUCAUCGAAUAAUGAUUGUGAUAUAGACUGUAACUGGCAGCCACCCACUGCUGACUCACUCCAAAGGCAGAAAGAGGAGAUGUUAUCGCUGUCAUCAGAGCCAGUCUCUCUGACACAUGAGAAUACAAACAAUCUGUCUUCACCGAGUGAAAACGAAACCCAAAGAAACCUUCAGAUUCAGGAGAGAGUAAAACUAGACAACACUCCAAAAAGCACGAAGAAGAAAAAGAUGACUGCGCCUGCUAGGAGUCAGAAGAGUUCAGCUUCAACAAACAGCACAGAUAAAAAAACGAAGGAAAACCUAAUCAGCCCCUCAGAAAACAGCAAGCAUUCAUCUACUGACAAGCUUAGCGGUCAGGCCAGUGUGGGAAAAAGAAGUCUGAAUUCUUCUGAAAGUGCUAAAAGUGGUCAAAAGAGUAAAGGAACAGAAAAGAAAGCAGAAAGUCUGCAAUCUAAGAAAUCCAAUAAAGAUGAAAAGACACCAAGGAAGAACUCAGCCUCAUUAGUUAGAACUGAAAAGUUGAAAAGAACACCACAGAGACAAAACCCAAACAGAGCAGCUGCUAGCGAUAAUGGCCACAAUGUAAAUACUCCGACUGGAAGGCCUCAAAUGAAAAAGAAUAUGUCAGACAUUUUGCAACCAAACAAAUCUCUUUUGUUAGGCAAAAAAAAAAAUAGCAAGCCAAAAUCCAUGCCUGACAGUGGAAUAUCACAGACAAAAACAUCCAUUUCGUUGCCUUCUCUCGAUCCUUCACCCUCUGAAAUCCACCAAUAUGUUGAGAACUGGUUAGAGAAAGUUAACCCAGACCAAGCGCUAUAUCCAGAGGAGGCUAUCAUAGAGGGAACACAACCUCGGACGAAGGUUGUAUUUCAAAUAGGUGGAGAUUCUGAAUCAGAUGAAAAGAAUGAAUGCCAGACUAAUUUAGAUGAAGAUUAUCCAAUGCCUGAUGAUGUUAUCAAGAAAUCAACAUCUUGUCUAUCUGUUCCUCUUAGUCACGAAGAACUAGCAACAGCACAAGGUUUAAGUGUUUCUAUGCCAAAUGUCAGAGCUGAGCUUGUACAUCGGGAGAACAGGGUAAGGUUACACCAAUCUGUAGAGGCCAUCGGUCCAGCUGCCAAUGAAGCAUCUUCAUCCAACUUUUUGAGCCCCAAGGCAAAGAUAAAACCUGCCCUCCAACAACUCUGUUCAUCGAUUCAGUGCAUCAGAAGAGCCUCUGAUGCCAACAUCACACCCAAUCUUGAGAAAUCUAGCAGCCUUCCUGAUUUCCCGACACAAGUAGCCUCAGUGUUCGGCUCAUCGUGUAAAGCCUUUCUGUCAUUCUUGUCAGUGAUGACUCUGAGAGAUCACCUCACAGGCUACACACCAGGAGAGGGCAACAAAUCAAGUUCCACCUCAGAAGCGAUGCUAAUGAUGGAGUCCCUGCAGAAGAUUUCUGCCAUUGAGGAUGAGGAAGAGCAGAGGGCAAGUUUGACUGAUUUGCAAAGCAGAUCAUCUUCUCGUUUCAGACAGAGCUGGAAGGAUUUCCAGCUUCUGAGGGAAAGACUCGAAAGUGAACCUCUUUCUCCCAAAGUUUCAGAAACCGAGUUUGCACUGGAUGUUGUCUCUGAAGGCGGUGAUGCAUUUGAGGAACAUAAUUUGGGUAUUGAUGAGCUGAUGGAGGAGCUGAGCAUGCCACAAGACCUCAGGGAUGACAUCGCUUCGACGAUCAAAACUUUUUAUCCUGUAGAAGAGAGCCAGUGUGUAGAGACUGAUCGAAACCAGUCAGAAUCAGAGGAAGAUGUGGAGCAAUUUGUCCAGGAAAGCAAUGAUGAAAUGAAACAACCAGAUUCUGAUAGUCGAUGUGUAACUGAAGACACUUCUGAAGACAUUUCUGAAACAAAACACAGUUAUGAUGAUGCAGCUUAUACCAAACUGGGGAAGAUAAUGAGUGAGUCAGGCCAACCUGGUGAAGCCAAACAGUCACAGACAGAAAAAGAAGAGUUGUUAAAAGAUAAAGAAAAUGAGACAAAAGAAGAAGGAAGUAGGCAAGAGGAAAAACUUGAGGAGGAAGAGGAGGUGAAGAUUGAGAAAUGUGAAGAUACAAAAGAGACAGAAGCUGAUAGUGAAGGGACUCAAAAGGGAGAUAGGGAAAGCGAGGAAGUGGGAGAAGAGCAAAAGCAAUCAAAAUCAGGGGAAUUAAGUGGUGAGGAAUCUACUGAUAAUGAAGAGGCAGAUGAAGAGGUGGAGACAAAAGAAGAAGAUGGUAGGAAAGAGGAACAACUAGAGGAGGAAGACGAGGUGAAGAUCAGGGAAUAUGGAAAUACAAAAGAGACAGAAGCUGUUAGCGAAGGGUCUGAAAAGGGAAAUGGGGAAACAGAGGAAGAAGGAGUAGAAGAGCCAGAGGAAUCAAAAUCAGGCGAAGCAAGUGGUGUGGAAUCUAUUGAUAAUGAAGAGGCAGGGGCAGAUGAAGAGGAGGAGACAAAAGAAGAAGAAGGCAGGAAAGAGGAACAACUAGAGGGGGUAGAGGAGGUGACGAUCAGGGGAUAUGAAAAUACAAAAGAGACAGAAGCUGUUAGUGAAAGGACUGAUAAGGAAGAUAGGGAAACAGAGGAAGAGGGAGAAGAAGAGCCAGAGCAAUCAGAGGAAAUGAUUGGUGAGGAAUCUAUUAAUAAGGAAGAAGCAGGGGCAGAUGAAGAGGAGGAUGGGACAGAUGAAGAGGAGGAAGAGAUGACACUGGAUGAAAAAGAGUUGGGGGUAGAAUUAAAAGAAAGAGAGAAUAAAGAGGCUGAUGAGACAGAGGAAGCAUUUAUGAAUGCGGACUCAACUCAGUAUAGUGCUGAAGAGACAGAUGAGAGGGAAGGUGCUGAGGAGACAGAGGAGGAAGAGAAAAUAAAUGAGAAGGUUGAUGAGGAGGGUGAAGAAGAAAGCAGUGAUGAAGGGGAAAAUGAGGAGAGGCAAGAGGAGAAAGAAGAUGUGGGUGAAAAUAUGGAGGAGACAAAUGAAGGGGAGGAAGUAGAAAAUGUAACUGAAGAAGUGAAACAGGUGGAGGAGGAGGAGGAGGAGGAGGAGGAGGAGGAGGAGGAAGAGGAGGAGGAGGAAGAAGAAAAUGGAGAAUUACAUACUGUUCCGGGGGAUGUAGAAGAGGAAAUAGAGGAGGAAGUAGAGGAGGGUACUGAGGUAUCUGACAAUGAGGAAAAGGAAAUAGGGGAUAUUACUGAGUCAGAUGAGGUAGAGGAGAUGGAAGCAGAAACAAAUGCAGUUACUGUAACAGAUGCAGAGGAGGAAGUUACUGAAAAAGCAGAUGAGAACAUGGAAAUAGAAGCUGUGAUAGGGGAUAUAAAUAAGCAAGAAACUGAGGAAGAAGAGGAAACAGAGCAAAUAGAAGAAGUUAGUGAGAGAAACAAUAAAGAGGAGGGUGAGGAGGUGGAAGAAGAGAGAGAACAAGAAGGGGAAUUUGAGGAGGAAGGUGUUGGGGAGUCUGUGGUAAAAAAUACAGAGGAAGAGAGUACGAGGAUAACAACAGAUGAGGAAGACGUAGACGAAGGAAGGGAAAUGGACAUAGAAGAUGGAAAGUAUGAUGAGGCUGAAGAUAACAGAAGGGAACCGGAGCAAACAGAAAGUAAUCAAGAAGAAGAAUCAGCAGAAGAGAGAAAAUGUAUAGAGUUGGAGAUGAAUGAAAAUCUGACAGCAGGCCAAAUUGGAGAUGAAGAGGAGAGGGAGGAUGAUGAAGAGAAAGAGUCACAAGAGAAAUUAGACCAGGAAGAAAAACAAGGCACUGGAUCCCCAAGCAAAUACUCCUCUGAAGGUCAGUGUGCAGAUGACAAAGGUAAUGGAACAGACACUGUUACUGAAACAGAUGAAGGAGGAGAGAUGCUUAAAGAAAGAAACGGCAAUUUAUCCCAUCCAGUGGAAAUAUCCCAGGAGUUACUUGACUUUGUGAACUAUGCCCUCCGGUCUUCUUCGCUUAUAUUCAUCUAUGACACUGAGGGUAACAUUAGGAUAGAGCCUGACAAUGCUCAAGUUGUACAAACCAAGCAAACGAUCAUUCCAAUAAGUAGAAAAGACAGUUCAUAUGGUUUAAAACGCCUUCCAAGCCCAAGCACCUCUGAUUUAUCGGAUUACAGACCAGGUACAUCAGAGAGUGGUGGAUAUAAAACUCAGGACUCUGUAGACAUUAUGUCAGAGAGUGGAGAAGAGACUUCAGAGAAGCCUUCUCAAGUCUAUACACAUUCAACAGACAGGCCUGAGAGAACAAAUGUGGAGUUGGUUAACUCAAAAUUGUCUGUUGCAAGUAAUUCAGAAACCUUUCAUAUUUCCAGUGUUUCAGGCACUAAAUCCUCAAGGGAGGAUCUGUCUUACUUCAGGUCAGCAAGCUCAUUAAAAACAGGUGGUGUAGCCAACACACAGAAUGCACAGUGCAUUUCUUUUGUCUCAGAAAACUCAGCUGAUGGGGUCUUGAUUGAUCAGGGCAGAUGGCUCCUAAAGGAGAACCAUCUCAUAAGAAAAUCUCCUCCAGUCUCCCUGGGAAUGUACAGCAAUUUGGACAGCACAUCCUUAGACACAGGUCAGGAGAACACUAGUGAUGAUUCCCCUCCCCAUUUCAAAACUCAGCACAAUCCCCUUGCAGCCAUAUCCUCAUCAGAACUUGAGGAGCUGGCGAAGCCUCCAACUCCAAAGUGCAUCUACUACAACAUGCCACACGGAAGCGACUCGGACCCCUUUUUGGAUGAUUGCAGUGUAAAAAGCAGUGCUCGAGGCAGAGGUGUCAGGGUGUCACCUACUAUUGAUACGUCAAAAACCUGGGCAAAUAAAAAUGGCAGUCAGUCCUCAUUUGCAUCAGUUGAGUUCAGAAUCCCAGACAGAAAAGUGCAUCCCGAGGAGGAGGCAGCAGUCGUGACGCAGCCAAGAAGGACAUCUGGUGGCGAAGACCAUGUACUGCAAUCACAAGAUUCUAUGGACAAUCUGCAUUUGAGAUGUGGCCAAUACUGCCCCAUACUAUGAAAACAAAACAUUAUAUUUCACAAAAACAGCUGCUAGUCUUGACUUUUUUAUGUUCCACCAGACCUUUAGAUGUUUGCUGACACUGAGGAGAGUUGUGCCUCUUAUUUCCAUUAAAUGUAGUAAAAAAAAAUAAAACAAAAUCCAGAUUUACACAAAAUAAUUUUGGUGCUAUCAGGUGCUGUCUAAUAAUAGGACAGCAGAGUAUAAAAAGAGCUAUUUGCUUUAUCUCCUGCAAAUCACCAAUUUCUUCUUGAACAUAAUACACGAAGUGAAAGAAAUGACUGCUAAAGAAAGCAGAUUUCAUUGCUUGUAUUAUUUUAUUUCAACUUUGUUUCAACUUUUUAGAUUCAUUAAUUGAUUUACUUUGAGAAAAAAAAAUUCAUAACUUAAAGGUUUCCUACCCAGGCAGAUUUAAUCAGUCAAGUUUAUGCUAAUACAUGAGAUGCUGAACAGCGCUACUACGGUACUGGCUUUUGACUUUAGGAUUUGACUGAGCCCAAAAAUUGAGUACAAAGGGAAAUAAAAUGAUCAGGUAAACACAAAAAUGCUAAUGUUGCUCUGCUUAUGUUUUCUUAUUUGAUCAGUAUAUCAGGAUGUGCGCUUUGUUUUUGCUGCCCCUAAGUGGUAAAAGUAGGCUUUUAACUGACAUGGUUAGACAUUCUUUAGAAACACACUUAAAGUCUCAGGAAAUCUGAGAAAAGGAUUCUCAUGAUAACCAAUGAUAGAAAAAUGUGUGAAAGUUUUUGUUUUUAAGCUUUAACUUUUUAAUGUGCCUUCUUUUAACAACCCCGCUGGGGGAGUGAUCGUAAUGUUGUAUUUACAGUCAAUAUUUAACUUCCAUUGUUGUCUUGAUUAAAGGUAUACCUGUGUUUAAAGCCUAUAAAUGUUUACACAUGCACAGCAGAAACAGAAACAUUUCUGAUGGUUUCAUUUGAUUCAUUCCCACUCUAUCCAUCACUUAAUCAAUCAGCCAGUCAAUCAAUCAUCACAUCAGUAAGUCAGUCUGUGAGUUUGUCAACUUGAUUUUGAGAAAGCUGAAAACGAUUUAGGUGACAAACGCCUCUGGGAUGUUAUUCUCUUAAAUAGAACAUCCACUGAUGAAGCCCAGUUAUCAGAGAGAAAAAAAAGCAGCUUAGGAUACACACACCCCUCCCACACAACCCUGUCUCCUAAAAAUUAUUUCAGGAUUGAGCUACAAACUAGUGAAAACUAUCCUAUUUGAGAUGAUUGCCUAGAAGCAUCUCUGGACUCUGGUGACAUUUGACUUUGGUUAUAACUAA